AACUCCUUUCCAGUUUGGAUGAUUAAAAUGAACACCAUCACACUAGUUUCAUUUUUGGCUCUGUGUUUCUACUCAGCAUAUGCCUAUCUGGAUCCAAAGAAAUAUGGUGAGAAAUUGAGUAAGAAAGGUAAUGAGUGGCACGACAUUUGUACUGAUGUGACUGGCGCGACGGAUGAAAUGAUAAGACAGGUCCGAGAUGGUAAUUUUAUCGAAGAAGAAAAAAUGAAGAGAUACAUACUGUGUCUGUGGAGAGUUUCUAGAAUUAUGGACAGAAAUAUGAAAGUAGAUCACGUGGUAUUGAAAGAAGUACUACCUGAAGUGCGGCAUGGAAGCUUUCCACAGGAAACCAGGGACUGUCUUGUGAACUCCAGAAAUUUAGAUCUGAAGGAGAAUUAUGAUAAGAUAUACGAAUUUGAGAAAUGCAUGUACAAGCUGAAUCCAGAAGAAUUCAUCAUGUUUUGAAAGGAAUAGAAGACAAGAAGAACUUGCUUGUAUGCUAUUGUGGAAAUAUAUUCGAUAUUGAGUGUUAUAUUCAAUAAAUAUUCAGCAUUUAA